UGCUUUGCCGUUAACCCAGUUGGAAGAGAUUCGGCGGCGAGUGCGGAGGUGGAUGCACCUCACAGAGUGUUGAAAAGAUUCGUUUUGGUGGCUGAGACCAGAGACCACUCUGCUUAUCGAUUGUGCCGUGUUGUCCCGUCUCUCCGAGUACCAUGAGUCUCAAUCCGUGCCAUGUGUGCCAGGAGCCCACCAAGACCAAGUGCUCCAACUGCAACCAGGUGUCCUACUGCAGCGUUCAGCACCAGAAGCAGGACUGGAAGGCGCACAAGACCAACUGUCAUCCAUUCAAGAUCGCCCACAGCGAGCAGCUGGGCCGGCACCUGGUGGCCACCCGCACCAUCAAGCCGUAUGAGAUUAUACUCAGGGAGGCGCCGCUGGUCCGGGGUCCUGCCCAGAUCUCGGCGCCCGUUUGCAUGGGCUGCCUGAACAGCAUCGAGGCGGAGGAUCACAUCGAUUGCGAGCACUGCGGUUGGCCGCUCUGUGGUCCGGAGUGCAAGUCGCUGGAGGACCACCAGGCCGAAUGCAAGCUGACCAAGGAGCGAGGUCAGAAGGUGAAUGUCAACGAUUUCAAUGGCCCGCAUCCCCUCUACACCUGUGUCAGUACUGUAAGGUGCCUCCUGAUUGGCGAAACCAGUCCGGAAAAGGCCGCCAAGUUCCAGGAGCUGGAGUCGUUGGAGUCCACCCGUCGGGGAUCCAACCAAUGGAAGGCGGACCUGGCGAGUAUUGGACAGUUUAUCCCCAAAUUUUUCAAAACCCAAAAGUUUACUGAAGAGCAGAUCAUGAGAGCUGUGGGAGCUUUGCAAAUUAAUGGACAUGAAAUACCCACCUCAGAUCCUCCACAUGUGGGUGUGUUUUAUACGGCUUCCUUUACGGAGAACUCCUGUCUGCCGAAUUUGGCCAAGAGCUUCAAUAAGAAUGGCCACUGCAUCUUAUGGGCACCGAAGGAAAUCAAAAAGAAUACCCAUCUAAGCAUUUGCUACUCGGAUGCCAUGUGGGGCACCGCUGACCGCCAGAGGCAUUUGAUGCAGACGAAGCUCUUCAAGUGCGCCUGUGCCAGAUGUGCGGAUGUCACCGAGCUGGACACCUUCUACAGUGCCUUGAAGUGUGAGGAUCGCCAGUGUGGUGGUUUGAUGCUGCCCAGUAAAUCGGAUGAGUGGAAUGGUAGCUGGCGGUGCCGGGAGUGCCACAAGCAGGUGCAGAAGCACUACGUGGAAAGGAUUUUAGAGCGUGCUGGCAAGGAUAUUCAGAGCAUGGAAAAGACUGCGGAAAAUGGAUUAAAAUACCUCAAGCACUAUGAGAAAUGGUUGCCACCCCAGCAUUUCCACAUGAGCGAAAUCAAAAUUCUUCUCGUCCAACUUUUGGCCAAGGACCAGCAGGAGCUGAUGGUGGUCACCGAUGAGAAGCUCGGUCUGAAACUGAAGUUUGCCCAGGAACUUGUCGAGUUGUACGAGAAAAUUGCGCCAUGUGAGGUUCGCACGCUCGGCACUCUCUGCUUCGAACUGCAUUCGGCGAUCGCCGAACAGACCCGGCGUGUGUCGUUGGAGACCAGCCUGUCGCCCAAGGAGCGGCUGGACGAGUCCCUGCACUACGUGGACAAGUGCGUCAGCUAUCUGCAAUACGAGUCUGACAUCUUUGUGGAGGGUCACAUCCUCAAACAGGCAAAGAUAAACCGCGACGCCCUCCGCAUGGUGAUGAGGAUUUCCUAGACAAUACCCUGUUAAAGCAUGCAAAUAAAAAAAUAUCAAUAAAUGGUCAUUACCGUA